GCUGCUCAGGCAUUCACUACCACCAGCUCCAUCCACAAGCCAUGUCUUCAAUAAACGAGAUUUCACCAGCUGAUCGCGAACGAUUGAUUAGAGGAUCGAUAGAAGCUAAAAAAUUCGCAUACUCCAGAUACUCGAAUUUUCAUGUAGGGGCCGCUCUCUUGACUACAGACGGGCAAAUAAUACGUGGCGCCAACGUCGAAAAUGCAUCUUAUGGAGGUACGAUAUGUGCUGAACGUACUGCCCUUGUGAAAGCCGUCAGCGAGGGAAUCAAAGAUUUCGUCGCUCUUGCCGUCGUAUCAGACAUAGCAUCUCCUUGUUCUCCCUGUGGAAUUUGUCGGCAGUUCAUCCGCGAAUUCUGUGCCCUCGAGAUGCCCAUUUACCUUGUGCCAGUAGAUUAUCCACAGACUGGGGAUGGCGUGAAGGAUGGAGGUGUGUUGAACACGACUCUAGGUGAACUGUUGCCGCAUAGCUUUGGGCCUGAGCAAUUGGAGCUUCCGAGGCAAGAAUGAACUGGAAUUGGAUGGAAUGCGAACACAAAAAGUCAAUAUUGUGCCCUUUAAACUGCUUGUUUCCUCAUGAUAAAUACAAUUACACGGUGGCAGAUAAUAGCUAUAAAAACUGCAGCAGUUGUUUGAAUCGCGUUUUGGUACGCGAUGCAUAAGGAGCCAUGGGUUUUCCCUAGACGACAUUUCAAAGACUCUUUUCAAUCUCGACGCUCUUUGAAGCAAGCAUCGUCUCGAUCUUCUUGCUCCCGCUGUAAUUGGUUCUCCCGAACGCGUUUCCUGAUCUGUUGUCUUCUUUCCUUUCCAAACUCCUGAGCCUCGCUUCGAGCUUGCGCAAGGUUGGCAGCAGCAGUGCGAUGUCGAUUCUCUGCUAAAGGGGAUAUAAAAAAUAUAGGACCAAAACCCGCUAUAAGAGAACCGAUGGAAAUAAUGACCCAGUCUUUCCACCGUUCAUCGGCACUGACCGUCCAUUCCUUCCCAUGCCCAUUCGGACUAAAAUGGUCGUGAUCAUAACC